CAAAAGUUCUGGGAGUCCGUGUAUCCGUGCUCGAAGGUAAACGAACGCUAGCCUCUGCCUGAUGUUUUUUAUCUGCAGUUUGUGAUACUAUACAUAUGUGUUUAAACAUUUGCCAUGUUGACUUUUCGAUGCCCGAGAAACAAUUUGUAUUUUCUAAGAGAAUGUGGCAACAGCUUGAGGCGCAAAACCACUGUUGCGGCUGCUGCAGAAAGGAGUGUUGGAACUUGUGGAAGUGACUUAGGAACAAACCUCUACAUCCCGUUUACCAGAGCUAAGAUUGGGGACUUUUUUCAGCCACAUCCAAAGCUGGGUAACACGUUUACAGAAGAUCCAUUGUUAAAAGGAUAUUUGAGGCGUGUCAUUCCACAUAAGUUUUUUACAGAAAUCAGUUCUGACCUUGAGAAAUUUGGACACAGAGUAGCCACAGACAUCUAUGAACUGCAUCUGGAAUGUGAUCGCAACCCUCCCACUUUAGAGCAGUAUGAUGCCUGGGGAAACCGUGUGGACAGAUUACACACUUGUCAUGCUUGGAAGAAGAUGCAUGAUAUUUCGGCAGAGGAGGGUGUGAUUGCCAUUGCAUAUGAAAGACAAUAUGAACAAUUCAGUCGGUUGUAUCAAAUUGCCAAAAUGUCCUUGUUUCAAGCAUCCUCAGGUCUGUAUGGAUGUCCACUAGCAAUGACAGAUGGAGCAGCUAAAGUCAUUGAGAAUUUACCUGAUGUCCAUAGGAACUCCUUACAAACAGCAUAUAGCAGAUUAAUCAGCAGAGAGCCCAGUAAGUUCUGGACGUCUGGGCAGUGGAUGACUGAAAGAAGAGGGGGGUCUGAUGUUGGGCAUGGUACAGAGACAUUGGCUCAAGCUCAAAGUGAUGGCACCUACAAAUUGUAUGGAUAUAAAUGGUUUUCAUCAGCAACAGAUUCAGACAUUGCGUUUACAUUGGCAAGAACUUUGGAUGUUGAUGGGAAGUCAGUAGCGGGCAGCAAAGGUUUGUCACUAUUCUACCUAAAAGUGGUCCAAGAAGAUGGCUGUUUAAACAAUAUUCAAGUUCAGAAAUUGAAAAACAAGAUGGGCACCAAACAGUUGCCUACAGCUGAGCUCUUACUUGAUGGAACAGUAGCACAGAAGGUAUCAGAGGAAGGUCGUGGAGUACCUGCUAUAGCCUCCAUGUUGACUGUCUCCCGGAUCCACACGGCCAUGAUGUCACUGGGCUGUAUGAGGAGAGUGCUCCACCUGGCCAGAGACUACUGCACCAGGAGGGAGGCCUUUGGGAAGAGAAUAUGUGAUUACCCACUUCACAUGCAAACGCUGGCACACAUGGAGGUUGAAACCAGAGGAGCUGAGAUAUUGGUUUUGGAAGUUGGUAGAUUACUUGGCCUUGAUGACUGUAACAUUGCCAGUGAAACUGACUUGUUGCUACUGAGACUGUUGACCCCAGUUGUGAAACUUUAUAUAUCUAAACAGUCCAUAGGAGUUAUAUCAGAGGGUUUAGAAAGUUUUGGAGGACAAGGUAUUAUCGAAGAUACGGGAAUUCCUGCAAUUUUGAGGGAUGCACAGAUUAUGCCCAUAUGGGAAGGGACCACCAACAUCCUGUCCCUGGAUGUACUUCGUGCCAUAAUGAAGACUGAGGGGCGUGUACUUAAAGCUUUCUAUGAUGCUGUACAGGACAAAGUGUCUGCAGCAUCAAAAAGAGAAGAACUGUCUCAAUGUUGUGAAAACAUACAGAAAGCAGCAGAUGAGAUCCUCAAAUUUGCCAAGAAUAGCACUGAUAGCAUAGAUGUAGCUGCAAGGGACUUUGCUUUCAGUUUGGCAAAAACAUACAUAGGAGCUUUAUUGGUGGAGCAUGCAAUGUGGACUGAGGCAUCCCCACUUGAUAUAGCUACAGCCCAGAGAUGGUGUGCCAGGGAUAUGGUGCCAGUGGUUUGUCAGCAGCAACAGGGCAGAUACAGCAAGGCUGCAGUGCAGACAGAUUAUGAACUUGUGAUGGAGGGCUACCAGCCAAAACUGUAAAAUACCGGAACUGUUAUAAAAACCAAGAUACCACCGUGUUGACUUUCAGUGUUCUGUUUUGGAAAUCCUGUCUCUACCUGUUAAUAUGCUAUACCACUUUUGUUAGAUUUUUGGUAAUAGUGAAUGAGACUACUAUACAUGUAGAAGCAAAAAUAUAAAAUAUGGUGUAUUUUGACUGCUAGACAUAUUUUUUGUUUCAACAGUAUUACCAGUGCAGCGGUGAGUUUAGUUUUAAGGUUUCUGAUCAUCGUAGUAUAUACUGAAACUAAUUUUUGAUCAUGAUUUAUAUUUGUCAUCCACCACCACAUUCAGCAGCAGCAGGGCAGUAACAGCAAGGCUGCAGUACAAACAGAUUAUGACUUGUGACUUGUGAUAGAUUGCUUUCAGCCAGAACUUUAAAAUACCAGGACUGUUAUGAAAACCAAGAUGCCACCUUGUUAACUUACAUUAUUCUGCUUUAGAAAUCCCCAGUUUCUACCUCUUUUAAUUGUACCACUUUUGUUAGAUUUUUAGUACUAAUGUAUGAAAUUGUCAUAAAAGCAAAGUUAUAUUACAGGUGUAUUUCAUGACUGCCAAGCAAGUUAAAAUGUUCAGCAGUAUUCCACCUAGGCAAUAGUAAUUUAUAUAUUAAGGUAUCUGUACACUGUAGUAUAUACCGUAACUAAUUUUUGGUUAUGAUUUAUAUUUGGCAUCCACCACUUAGUAUUAUUAUAUUUCAUUUCAGCAGUAUUCCACACAGAAAUGAUUAUAUUUUAAACAUGUUUAUUCAUUGUAGUAUAUACUGAAACUAUUUUUCAAUCACGAUUUAUGCCAUCUACCAGCAGGGAAUUAUUGUGUGAAGGCUAAAUGUUAAAAUUUAUCAUAUUUCAUCAUAUUUGCUGUUUGUUUCAUAAUUUUUUAAAACAUGAUAACCAACUUGACAUAUCAGCUUUAUAACAACACUGCAUUUUGUACCACUUCAACCUCAGUUCAUUUCUCAGUUCUUGAGUCAUUUGAAGAUUUUUUUUAUUCACAGCGACACGGAAAAAGUUGAUAUAUCAAGGAAGAUUUAUUGUCACAAAAAGUAAGUUCACUGCUUUAAGAUCUACAGAUAUGUUUUAUUUAUAUAUAAAUGACUUCAUAUGCAAAAAUAUAAAAAUCUGAGGAGAAAAAUUGAUGGGUAAAGACAUUAUCCUUGCAAAUUCUGUACAAAAUAGACACCAACACCUUUGACAAUGUAUGAAAUAUUUGAAAAUUUCUGAUAUUGACACUGAAUACAAUAACAUCACAUCCAUUAGCAAUAAAACAAUAUCUGAACUUCA